CCCCAUUGAUUUAUUUACUUUCUCCCACGUAUACAACAGACCCACCCACUCAAUAGUACAUACUGACGCUGAUGAUUCAUAUUCAUCCAUAACGAACAGCCAUUUCUCCUUUACUCAUUACUGAUCACGUUCAAAUCAAACCAUCUUUAAUUCAGUAGAGAUCAGAGAAACAAUGGAGACGGCUUUGUUGGAUGGCGGAGAAGGCAGCAGCGACAGCUCGAGAAGCGAUCGUAGGCGCUUGUUUAACAGAACAGAUGCAAUUGCUUAUGGAUCUACAUAUCAAAAAGCAGCUGCUUUGGUUGAUCUUGCUGAAGAUGGUAUUGGUAUACCUGAGGAAAUUCUUGAUCGAUCGAGCUUUGGAAGUUCUCUGAAGUCUUACUUCAUAUAUAUUCAAUUUGAUUUUCUCUGGGCUCUUAACUACUUUGCUUUAAUUGUUCUAAAUUUCUUUGAGAAACCUCUAUGGUGUUCUGGGUAUUGCAGUAAUAGGGAUUACUACUUUCUGGGGCAGUUGCCAUACUUGACUGGUACUGAGAGUCUUGUAUACGAGGUAAGGUCGAAAUUGUCAUUCAGUUGUUUUGCAUGGGGCAUGAGUUCUCUCUAGUAAAAUAAUCAACGA